AUGGAGGUAGUAUACCGUUAUGGUGAACAAAUUGAAACUACUGUUGAAACAAUGCGACGUCGAUGUCUUGCGAUAUAUGAUGGGACAAUAAAUUUGGGACAGAAAAUAAUACGAGCAUCAGAAAAAAUACGUGAAUACGCAGAGCCAAUUAUUUAUGAAAUUUUCGAGAGUAUACAAACUGCAGUACACGAUUUGAGCCCACUGGAUGCAAGCGAUAGAGAAUUCCGCAACAGCUUACUGGAAUUGUACUUGAGCUGCUCCGUCCUUUCAAUUGGAAUCAGUGCAGGAGAAAUUUCUGGUACACUUGUACUAGGAAUGCUAUACCGAAAAAUAUUUGACUGGUGGUGGGAAGUAUUACUGGUAAUCUUAUUGCCAUGUUAUGUUUAUCUUACAUUUAGAAAAAAUGCAGCAUUGGACGAAACUGAAAGACGUGUCAACUUAUUCGGCCUAGGUCUCGCAAUCGGUUCGUGUAUAGGACAUAUGAUGGGAUAUCGACUGAUUUCAACCCUUCCAUCAGUUAAUUUCAUCCAACCACUCAUCCUAGCGCUGAUGGUGGAUCCAGAACUUUCUCCACCAACCGUAUAUUCACAACGGUUAAAUUUGCUAGCCAUAGGUACAGGUGCAGGUAUCGCCGUAGCUAUUUUUCUCGCCAUGAUCCAUGGCCUGUCAUUCUGUAUUAUUUUGUCAAUUGCUACCCACGCUGCAUUCCUCGCCAGUCAUUUUCAGGUCGUAUUGUAUGCGAUGAAAAACAAAUCUUAUGGGGUUGGAGAAGCUCAAUUGUGCUACGUGCUCGGAUCGAUAAUUAGCCAAAUCCCGCUAGCAAUAGUAUUCGGUACCAGCAAUGCCGGCUCUAAUUGA